AAUACCAGUUUGAGUGCCUAGUGGUCUAAUCAGGAAAUGCUCUUUGGAAGCUCAAUAUAUGCACUUAUCCAUUUGCAUUUUGAUUUGGCUGUUAGUGCUGAGGAUGUCCUUAAGGUGAUGUGCUGCUUUUGGCAGAUUUAGUAAUUCUCUUUAGUCACAUGACCACUAAUGGUUUUUCUAAAUUUUUAUGUAGUUUAUUUUGGAUACAGGCAGAGGAAGCUCAGCGAAAGCUUAAGAGACAGAAUGGAGAGGACCCAGCCCUGCCUCCAUUCUGCCCACUGUUUGCCAGCUUGGGAAACAUUCUGCAGUGUGACGUGCUGCUUGGCAUGCUGGGAGCUGUGCUGCAGUGGGCUAUGGAGCCCAGUGGAGGACACUGGUCUGAGUCCAUGCUGCAGAGGGUAAAUGUUUGGAUGUUUUGUUAAAAUGACAUGAUAGUGUAGUAAAUUCAACAAAAUUUCACUUGCUAUGCUGUGUUCAUGAGCAUCACUUUUUAAUGACUGAGUAGUGUUCACAAUUCUGUAUGUGUGUGUUGCUACAGGUGCUGCACUUGAUAGGCAUGGCUCUGAUGGAGGAGCAGCAACAGCUAGAGAACAUUGGGGAUGACGAUGAAGUUACUUUCAACUUCACCCUGAAAAUCUCCCGUCCCGGUGAAGCCCCCGGCAACACUCCAAGCAUCCUGGCUCUGUUAGAGACCUUGCAGAGCGCGCCUCACUUGGAAGUGCACAAAGACAUGAUUCGCUGGAUCCUUAAAAUGGUGGUUAGCAUUAAAACGAUGCGCGAGUGCACAGCUGCUGCACCUCCCUGUGAAGGAACUGGGCACUGUCACAAGGAGACUGUGUGGGACAAAGACAAAGCAUAGAGAAAAAGGAAAGCUGAACUGUGCUGGAAAAAGACCAUGGCUCAAACAUUACAGAGCCAGAGUCAUUUUAUCAAUAAGUACAUAGAUCUGCUCACGCAGGAUUCAGAGGAUCUGGACGUCUCAGCCUCUACAUCAGCAGAGCAUAGAUACCUAAGCAUGCUCGUAGUGACGCAGUGUUCUUUAUAAGUCAACUUGUAUUAUAUUCUCAAUAUCCAGUCAGUACAUUUAUGUCAGUAAAUGCAUGCAUCAACACUUCCUUGACUUUGCUGAGCAGUUGUCUGUUCUUUGUCCUAAAAGUUCUUGCAUAUAAUGGUGGUCUUCACAUAACAUAAGUAAAUUCCCAUCCUUAAACUCUUUAUCUUGCAUAUUCAUUUCGAGCAUUUUCUGUUGGGGUAAAUGAGUAGAGAGGAUCCUAGGCCAUUUUUAGCAAUUUCCUGGUGAUUAAAAAAAGAUGAACCCAUUUAUUCAAC